AUGUCAAUCUCCACUGAACUGGCACAAAUUGAGGCAGCUGCUGCCAAGCUGCAAAAUCCAAAAGGCUACAAAGACCUGCUGUCACUGCAGAGAGAUGGUGCCAACCUGCGCCAUCACCUCCUGGCACUGGAGCAGAACCUGGAAUCUGAACUUUGCUUGGAAAACCCACUUGCUGCCCAAAGAAUUCAUGAGUGGCUUCCCCUGAGGCAAACUUACUUCUGCACCCUGCAGAAGGCUUCUGAACAUUUGGAGAAGUGUCAAGAGGAUCAAGAAGAUUUCCUUGAAAUUGCUGGUCUGGACCCCAUCAACUUCCAGAUACCCAAGGAGGCAACUGCUCUCCCUCAAGAAACAGCUAAGGCACCUACUCCUACACCUCCAGAAGCUGUGAAAGAGUCAAGAAGCUCACCCCUUGGAGCUAUCAAACCUGCAUCUGUGGCAUCUACUAGCCUAGAGGAGAACUUUCCUGUGGACCUGAGUGCUCUCCAAGAGUACUUGGAUGAUCUGGAUGGGUGCCUGAACAAGGAUCUGGAGGCAUACAAAGCCUCAAUGAGUGAAAGGUCAAUCCGCUGCCUAGUCAAGAUUACCAGUCUGCAAGAAAAUCUGGCUGCUCACAUUGAGGAAGUGAUGGGCAAACUGGAAGAUCCCACAAGUGCAAAAGCAAACAGGGUGCGCCUCACCCUGCAUAACUUCCUGGAUAGUGUGGCCUUGGCAGAUGCUGUACUAGCAAAGCAGCCACCUAACCCUCUGGAAGCUAUCUGUGAGGAUCCUGUGUCAAAUCGCACCCAAAACUGGCUGGACCAAUCUGCUGCACCAGUGAAACCUCCAGUGUCUGUUGAAUCAAUGAAACCAGCUGCAACCUGCUCCCCAUCAAUAGUGUCAGUGCAUGAAGACCCCAUGAGAACCUGGUUCUUGGGGGAGGCAACCCUAAAGGCAAUUCCUGACUUCAGUGGGGCUUUUGAUGAGUAUCCUGCCUGGAGAAAAGCUGCCAGCCUGUACAUUGCACUCCCUUCACUGCUGGAGGAGACCAAGCUGAAUAACCUGAAGGCUAAGCUGGGAGAGAAAGUGAAAAGGUUGGUGAGGACUGUCAAUGUCCUUACCCCUCAACCUGUGAAAACUCUCCUGAAGAUCCUUGACCAAGAGUAUGGAGAUAUCCGGAUGAUAAUCCGGGACCAACGAGUUAAGCUGAGGAACCUUUCAAAGCCUAAAUCUGAAAGCUAUGACCAGAAGAGGGAUUUCAUCUUAGCCAUCAGCCAAGCUGUCAAUUGCUUGGUAGCUACUGGAUACAAGAUCCAAGAAGAUGAAGACCUCUUUGAUAGUGUGAUAGGAAAAGGACCUCGUCCAUGGGCACAGAGUUUUCUGGAUCACUACCCACCUGAGGAGCAGCAUCUCCCCAACUUAGUGAUUUGGAUGGAGAAGAAACUGCUCUCCAGCAAACACAAGCAGCAGAAAUGUCCAGUUGAUCCCAGCUGUACCUACCCACACCAUGAACUACUCCAUGGGACCAAGCCUAAGGGAACCUCAGGACCCACUGCUGAAAGGAGCCAACCUGCCCAACAGCCUGCUGAAAAUGCUGCUGCUGCUGCUGAACCAGAACAGGCUGUCAUUGCUUGCUCUGCCUUUAGCCAACUGUGUCCUGAUGCAACUGUCCAGAGCCAUGCUGAGAGAGAGGAAGCAUUACCUCACUCACUGCGCCUAAUCAAAGUGUUCAUCAGGCCCAAAGGAGCAGAAAACUACCCACACCUGAAGGUCACUGCUCUCAUUGACCCAGGGUGCAACUGGUCCUUGCUGGUUGUCCAGUUGAUCCCAGCUGUACCUACCCUCACCAUGAACUACUCCAUGGGACCAAGCCUAAGGGAACCUCAGGACCCACUGCUGAAAGGGGCCAACCUGCCCAACAGCCUGCUGAAAAUGCUGCUGCUGCUGCUGAACCAGAACAGGCUGUCAUUGCUUGCUCUGCCUUUAGCCAACUGUGUCCUGAUGCAACUGCCCAAAGGAGCAGAAAACUACCCACACCUGAAGGUCACUGCUCUCAUUGACCCAGGGUGCAACUGGUCCUUGCUGGAGGAGAGGUUGGCAGAGAAGAUGGGAUUGAAGAUCCACUAUGAUGACCUGAGUACUUCCACAGUUGGAGGUACAAGCAAACAGAAAGGAGGGCAGAUUCAACUGGACAUCAGCCGAGAUGGUCUAGAAUGGCUCUCCCCUGCAGCUGUGAGGACCCAGAGAAAUCUGAAGUUACCUGGUCCAGCCAUUAAGUGGUCAGAAUUUGUGUCAAGGAACCCUGACUUCCAGCAAGUGAAUGUUGAAGAUGUUGACUUCAAGGACAUCAAACUGUUCCUGGGAGCUGACAUGGAGUGGCAUCCUGGCAUUCAAAACCAAGCUGGGUUGGACCAUUGGAGUGACAUAAAACUGUUCCUGGGAGCUGACAUGGAGGUGAACACACUUCCAAUCGAAUCUAUGGACAACUGGGUCAAGGAUGACAGUGGUGUCCUGGCAUUCAAAACCAAGCUGGGUUGGACCAUUGGAGGCCCACUGCUUGCUGCUGAACAAUUUGUCCACAGCUACUCCACCAUUGUCUCUGAAGAGGCUGAAGUCUCCCUGGCUGCUGAACUCCCUGCAAAGAGCAGAGUCAUCAACAAAAAUAAGGCUCCAACCACUCCAAGGGGGGAGCUGCAAGGCCUGGUGGUAGCCACCCGCAUGGCCCGCACCAUUGUGGCUGAGCUGAAAAGCUGUACCACCAUCAAUCUUCUGGUGUUCUGGAUAGACAGCCACAUAGUCUACUGCUGGGUACGCAAUGACAGAAACCGCUACCAGGAGUUUGUGGCCAAUCGUCUGGGAGAAAUCCAUGAUACUCUGGAGGAUCUGAAGCACCUACAACCAUCUGUUAGAUGGGUGAGCACCAAAAGCAACCCUGCAGACCUCAUCUCCAGAGGAACUGAUGCUGCAACGCUAGCAGAUCAAUUCAAGUUUUGGUCUGAAGGACCAGAGUUUCUCUCCAAAAGUGAGGUUGAGUGGCCUGAACAACCAAAGCAUCAGGAAAAACGUGAUGAUCCAGAGCUGAAAAGGAUUUUCCUCAACUUAGCAGCAGUCACCUACCCUGGGGUUGAAGAAGCCAGCAACAUUAGACAAUACUAUGUCCAAAAGACAGGAAAGCUGGAGCCCAACCCCCAGGAGCUACUAGCUGCAGAGGAGGAACUGGUGCUACUCCGGGUUUUCCUACGGAAACUUUUCCUCAUACGACGGCAUAAGAUUUAUGCCUUUGAUGAAGUCUGGUUGGACCAUGACUGCCUCAAUGCAUGUGUGGUAGUUCAACAUCCGUACAACUUCAUUGUAACAACACAAAGAGGACCACAUGGUGGAUUCAACACUGGCCUCAAUCUGAAUGUGGCCGUUAACUUUGCUAACCAACUGUGGGUGGACUACGGUCUGAGGGUGAAGUUCCGCAGUUGUCAGGGAGCAGAAGAAAAUAAUGUGAGGUUUCCCUUGGAACCCUUUGUCAGGCACUACUGCAGUCCAGCCAUCUAUGAAGAAUGGUUGCGUCAUGGACUUCAGAAGUUUCCUGCAAACAGACCGGACCUGUCAGCAACUGAAAUUCCACAACAAGUCCCACCUCCAACUAUUUCUCAGUUGAAGUUGACAAGGAUACCACAAACAGAUGAUGAAUGGGAGUACAAAAUAAGAGGUGAUAAAGUGCAGAAGCAGCUCCUCAUCCUCUUUCAGAAGAGGAUUGCAUUUUUGGAGGGAAAAGUUGAUGAUUACCUUGGAGUUGGGCAGGCAGUUAUUUUUGAGGACCUAAUACCCAUUUUUGAAGCAGAAAUUGAAAUUUUGCGUCUUUGGUGGAUCCUGAGGUCACAGAAUGGAGCCUGUCCUGGAACACCCAUUGCAUGA